AAUAUAAUUUCAAUUCCUAUUUUAUACCAAAUUAAACUUGAAGGAGAGGAAUUUAAUAUUUCAUUUUUAAUUCUACUAAAUUUUUAAUUUUGAUUCCAUCAGGAAAUCAAAUGCUAGCUUAAUUUAAUACUUAUUAAAUGCUAGCUUAAUUUAAUACUUAUUUAUUUUUAGAUGACUUUCAAAAUUCGAAUCCUUUCUAGGGUUUAAUUGGGCGAAGGGCAAUUGAACCGCAAGCCCCGCCUUUGAGGUUCGAACGAGAAUGGGGAGGAAGAAGAAACACAAAGACGCAGAGAAGAACGGCAAGAACGAAUCUCCCCCUGCUUCGACGGUUUUCAAGACCCUUUUCGGAGAGAUUCCUGAGCAAGAUGUCUCCACUUCGAUCUUCUCUGAGAGCAAUCCCUUUCGAAGGAAGCCCAGUGAUCGCACCCAAAAGUUUGGUUCAGAUGAAGCUCUCGAAGACACUGCAAAUGGCGUGUCUGAGAACCCUCUUGCGCAUGAGAUGAAGAAGAGGAAGAGAGGCGGAGAAGAAAAUGCUGGCGCCGGUCCUUAUUCUGUCGAGGGUGGUUCGGACAAUGUGUUGGAAAGUGCGAAGGCGAAGAAGGUUAAGGGCAAAACCCCUGAUUUGGAUUUUGAAAUGAGGGGAAAAUUGAAGAAAGGCCAAGGGGAAACCCUCAAUUUGGAUUUUGAAUUGAAUAGAAAGAAAGGAAAAAGCCCAGAUAUGGGUAUUGUAGUGAAGGGAAUGCGGACUUUGGAUAUUGAGACGGAAGGCCAAAGCCGGGAUUUGGAUACUGGGGAGGAGAAGAGGAAGAAGAAGAAGAGGAAGAGAGAUGAGAUUGAGAGGGAGUAUGAGGAGAGGAUGUAUGGUCCACCAGAUAAAGUAGAGGGGCAAGAGUGGGGAUUAGGUGGGAAGGCUGUUGGGGAGAAGAGGAAGACGGUAGAUAAUCCAGCAGAUAUGUUGGUUUCGAAGGAGGGGUUUGAUGAUGAGAAUAAGCUCUUGAGAACUGUCUUCGUUGGGAAUUUGCCACUGAAAAUGAAGAAGAAGGCUCUUUUGAAAGAGUUUAGCCAGUUUGGAGACGUUGAGUCAGUGAGGAUUCGGUCUGUGCCAAUCUUAGAUAGCAAAACACCAAGAAAGGGUGCUAUAUUACAGAAGAAAAUCAAUGAGUCUGUUAACAGUGUUCAUGCCUAUAUUGUUUUCAGAACAGAGCAAUCUGCUGAAGCUUCUUUGGCCCAUAACAUGUCUGUGGUUGGAGGAAAUCAUAUCCGUGUGGACAGGGCAUGUCCACCUCGCAAGAGAAUGAAAGGAGAAAAUGCUCCACAUUAUGAUAAUAAGAGGACGGUUUUUGUGGGCAAUCUUCCGUAUGAUGUGCAGGAUGAAGAAAUUUAUCGAUUUUUCUGCAAUAUUAAACAUUUGGAAUCUAGCAUUGAAGCUGUUCGGGUUAUUAGAGAUCCCCAUACAAGUGUGGGAAGGGGUAUUGCUUAUGUGUUGUUUAAAACAAGGGAUGCUGCAAACUCUGUUGUCAAGAGAAACUUGAAGCUCCGUGAUCGAGAACUGAGGCUGUGUCAUGCAAAGGCGGAUUCCACACCAUCCAAGAGGAAACACCAAUCACCUUCAAGAGCAGAUGAUUCCUCAGGCAAGAAGUUGGCAAUGGCUUCAAGCGCUCAUCAAGGGAGUGAUUGGAGGGGGAAGGCGAAGGCUGCCAUCUCCUACCAGGGCUUGCAAGCUGGCAAAUCUGGUGCUCAAAGGACGGCAUCUCCAAAGAUGAAGCCAAUGAAUUCAAAGCCAAGGUCUCAGAGUGGGAAGAAGGUAAAUGAAAGCAAACAGAAAAGACCAGCAGUUGCUGCAAGAAAGGCAGCUGCUAGAGUGGCAAAUGCACAGAAGAGUGGCGGUGCUUCAAAGGUGACAGGACAAAAGCGCAAGCUGGAAAAACGGACUCCAGAUAGUUCCCACCGGAGUAAGAAAUCCAAAAAAUUGAGGUAGCAUCGGAGUAAGAAUAUGCAAGAAAUGUCAUAUUCCGUGCCUUCUCAGAUAGCAUCGGCUCUAGCUAAAAUGUGCAUGCCUGAGGGAGAAGUUUAAAGAUAAGUUGCAAACCGAGUUUUAUUGUGAAACAUGUAUGCUAGUGCAUUGAAUUUGUUAUUUAUGGAGGAUGGGCUGUUUAAUUUGUCACUCGGGAAUAAGAUGGCUUUAAGCAGGCAUUUGUUUGUGUUGAAUGACAAGGGCAUGUUUGGGCGGAGGACUACCUUCUAGUUUCUAAUAUAAUGGUUAACUAGGAACGUGGCCUGUUGUCCAUGGUUCCAAUUAAUUAAUGUAGCAAUUUACUGUAAGGAAGCAACAACCAUGUAUUAUACUGACAAAGCAGUCCUUGUUUCUCCCAUACCAACUCAACUCAUUAAGUGCAAAAUUUCUUUCAUCGAAA